UAGCCCUUCACAGCCAAGUCGCGUUGGUUUCAUGCCGGUUUCCCCUGCGAUUGACCGCUAUCCCCGCCCUCACGUUCGCAAACCCCGUCCGAUCGCGAUUUUACUACGAUAGUUAUGGACCAAGCGGACAUACCGGCGUUGCUUUCGCGGCUGGCUAGCGACGAAGAUGCCGCCCGAAAAAUGGCAGUUUUCAAGCUGCAAUCCUCCAUAAACGACCCCUCCUUCGCCGAUGUAUUCAUAUCUUCCGGCGGUCUAAUCAUAUUACGACGUCUAAUCAUGACUACCGGCGGCAAUACUCUCGCAUACUCGUUGCAGAGCCUUAGUCGACUACUUGAGGUUGACAUGGGUUGGGAUAUUUUUGAGGGCCCAACUGCAGGGGAUCUCGUCGAGCGCGUUGUCGAACUCAUUGUCACGAAUCCUUUGGUCAACAUUCUUCGAGGUGCUAUGUCCAUUCUCGUCGCACUUGUUAGCCAUUCACAAUCUUCCUCGGGUGCAAGGAUACCCGUAUCAUUUGGGUUUCGCGCAUUAAAACCAGCUGUCGCCGUAUAUCCACAGUUCUUCGACCUCGUCAUCCAGCAAUUACAUUCAGCGGACCACGCUCUUUGCGCCAACGCACUCAUGCUGAUCAACGCGCUCAUAAGAGAUGCUGUCUCAAGCGAGCCUAACCUCGACAGUGGUAAGACAACUGGUACCGGGGAAGAGUGGCCUAAGUUCAUAAGGAGGCUACAGGAUUUAGGCCUAAUCAAGGCGGUAUACAAUUUGAUGCAGAGUUCGGCAUUACAAGAUCUUGCGCACCCACUGCUGGAGUUCCAGUCUCUUACGAAGGUGCUGCUUCAAAAGUGGCGGCAAGUUCAGGUUGAUGUCGAAAGACCCGAACAUAGGAGGGCGUUAAAAGGACUCCACCUUGCCAGCGCGCCAAAUAGAGAUCAUGCGAACGGCGUAGGGAAGGUCGAAGAGCUCCAAGAAUCCGGAAAGAAGGGUAGCAGAAGACAUAACCCCGAAAAAUGGAGGAGGCUCGGUUUCGAGACGGAGAGUCCGGCGGCAGAGUUUAACAAUACGGGGUUCCUUGGGCUUAUGGAUCUUGCGGACUACGUGCGAAAGAACGAGGAUGGGUUUCAAAAGUUACUUCUGGAGCAGUCUACCAAACCACUCCAUGAACGGUGUCCCAUUGCCAGGUCAAGCUUAGCAGUUACGCUUAUCUUGUACGAACAUUUUGAUUGUGAUAAAUCAGAAAUGGAAGAUCUAAGAGGAUAUCAACUGACAGACGGAAAGCAGCAAGACAAGCUUUUCCGGCCGUUGCUUCUCCAAUGGUCUAGAUUACAUACAGCCGGGCUAAAUGCAUUCUUCAAACUAUGGAAAUCUACGGGAGCGGAACAAGAAGAUUUUGAGAAAGUGGCCGAAUUGGUUCGUAUACUUGUAGACCAGGUCGUAGGACAGGCUGGUCGAUCGAAAGACGUCUUGGAGGUAGAGGAUGAUCUCGUUGAAUACGACCUUGGGCGGUUACGUGAGCUCCAAAUGGAGCUCCUAGAAAUUUCAUUCGACGACCAAUGGGGCCAGCAUCUUUACAAGGUGCGCGAAAGUUUAAAUCAAGAAGCCCUCACUUUUAUCAAGGAACAACGUGUACGGUGUCUCUUACAAGGUUCAUGGUUUUCGAAGCCAGCAACGCGAAAAGACGACCAGGGGGGUAAUAGCGCACCGAACCGUCGUGCAGCUAAUGGUACACUCUGGAGGUACGCCAAGCUGUCUCACAACCGCCGAUACUUGCACUGGGCCGAUUUUGCGUUCCGAACCGGUCCCGAACCGAACUUGGAUGCACUUGGCGAGAAGGUAGACCUGCGGGAAGUAAGCUCCGUCGCAUCUAAUGUAUCGGUCCCAUCCGGUGAUGCGGGCGGUGAGACAAGCAACACCACAAAAAUCACAAUUUUUGGUUAUCUCAACCCCGACGAGGCUAAUAAAACCAAAGACGUGAGCGAAAUAAAAGAGGAGCCAUUGUUAACUCUCUAUCCUCUGAACCACAGUCUGGCAUCGGAGUGGCUUGACGGCUUGCUCAUGUUGCUAGGCCAAGCCCCGAUAACAGCAGAGACUAAUAAGCUCAUAAAGCUGGUAGAAGACUACGGCAUGAAGAUCAGACUGCUGAAUGUCCGGAUGGAAGCCACUUACAUGGGCCCACCGGAGGGCGCUGGCGCGGUGCCGAGUAGAGAGAAACUGGAUGACGAUUAUUGGUACGAAAUUUAAUAUGGUGCACCUUGGACGUAUCGUCAUAUUGGUCUCUCAGUUUAUGGACAUACAGACGCAGACUCGCCCCGCAGGGGAUGGAAGCUUUUUACGGUAGUUUAUUUUGUCUGAGGAUACCACGCUUUGUUUUUGUGUACGAUUAGAGUAUAUACCCACGACUGAAGUAAGAAUUGAUAAUAUACCUUAGGUACCUGACCUAAUAAAUG